ACGUAUUCCAUUUUUUCUAUCAAUUUCUACAAAUUGUAUCAGCUACACGUGUCCAUCAAAGGAAUUUUGUUAUUGAGCUUCAUUUAGUAUCUGAAAAUGAUUACACUAUAGAAAGUGCGUAUGAACUGCAAAAACAGUGGCAGCAAAAACAAGAUGUUCGUGUUUUUCGCUUCUUUCGGCAAUCAAGCAAAGAUAUACAUAUAUAAUUUUUGUUGGUGUAUGAAUGUUAUAAAAGAGGCAACACCGCAUAGGGAAGACCAAAUGAAUUCAAAGGAUCUUCUAAAGAAGUACAAGACGGUUCUCUACUAUCAUUGUGCAACAGGUCAAAACUCUAUUUCGUUGGCAAAUUAAAAUGAAUCUACUACACGGUUGGUUUUCAGUGCUAUUUAUCGUUGAAUUUUCGGAAUUUCAAGGAAAACAUGGUUUUUUCUCGCAAGCUCUUCUCAAGGGCGAAGUGAUUGAAACUAUGUCACAGGCAAAGUUUGUAGCUGGAAUCCAUAUCCCCGCAAAGCAUCCAAAUGAGGCCAAUAGAAAAAUGAUGAGUUUUUGUACCGCAUUUAUUCUGUCGAAAACGGAAAUUAUCACGAAUGCCCAUUGUGUGGAUGACGCUCCAUAUGUUUAUGUGGUAGCUGGUACGAAAGCUGUAUCAGAUGAAAACCAGAAAAUUAAAAUCAAAGUCGAAAAAGAGAACGUUGCAUAUCACCCUUAUUAUAGUCAUUUAAUUGUUGGUGCAUUUGAUAUUGCCAAAAUUACACUGAAAACGCCGUUAAAAUUCAGCGAUACCGUUGGUAGUAUCGAACUCGUGGAUAAGGAUUACAAAUUGAAUAACCCAUCAGAAUUGGUCACUGCCUAUGGAUAUGGCGUGUUGAACAAUAUCAGACCAUUGAUAUUGAGGCGUUGCGAUGCGAACUAUAUGUCUGAUGCCAAACGAGUCAACACAUUUAACUUAA